UCGUCCCACCGUCAGCCCGAAAUACCAUUCCAUCAUUCACUCCAUCAGGAGUGUAUUCUUGACUGCAUACUGCAUUGCCAUUCCUUUUUCCUCCUCUCUACGGAGUCUCAACCACACCCCCUGAAGUCGCGCGCGCAUCAUGUCCAGGCCACCCCAGGGCCGUGGUCAGCCAAGGGUAGGUGCCACUUUUUAUCCCGGUGGUACAGAUGAUUACUAUGUGCCAGAGGUCAUCUCCCCUUCUCCUCAAAGAGUAAUGCCUGAGGUCCCUGAAAACAUGCAGGAUAAUCUCGCCCACAUGGAACACGAGGCUCGCAGUCCGCGAUCGUUCAGCAACAGCAGCUACCAACAAUCAUCGUACAACCAGUCGCAGUUUCCAGAUCGGUCCUCGUCUAUGCCGUCUCCCGGUUACAAUAACAACACCUUCAACACUAACAAUGGUGCACCGUCUCCGUCAUAUAAUCAGUCUACCUACGACAGCAUGGAUCAUCCAAACUUCUCUCCUUUCCCCGUGCUGCGCAACCCACCUCCCAAUGUGCCGCCUACCGACGAACAAAAGGAGGCCAAUCUAGAAAAAGGACGGGUCGCAGUCCUGUCGUCCAACGAUCCGGAUAUGCAACUGGCCUGGGCUCAGGAUGCGCUUACAUACGUCGAAAUCUCUAUGCAGAACGAAGCGCGCAUGGCCCAGAUUCAGCCUCCGCGACCACACACUCCCCAGAUUGAACAUCAGCUCAGAAUGGAUGCGAUGAAUAUUGUGACUUUCCUGGCCGAACAGCGCCACCCACAUGCCGAGUUCAUCAAAGGUAUGUGGCUAGAGUUUGGGAAAUUUGGAUUCCGAGUCGAUAAGAAGGAAGCUUUCCGCUCUUAUUCGCGAGCUGCAGAGAAAGGGUAUGCACGUGCAGAGUACCGGAUGGGUAUGCAAUUUGAAAGCUCUAAUGAGCCUGCGAAGGCUAUUAGACAUUAUGAAAAAGGUGUUUCCAUGCGGGAUUCCGCCUCGUACUACCGCCUCGGCAUGAUGAUUCUUCUAGGCCAGCAUGGACAACGACAGGAUUAUGAAAAAGGUCUAGAAUAUAUUCGGCUUGCGGCGCAGACAUGCGAUGAGAAUGCACCUCAGGGCGCCUACGUCUACGGAAUGUUACUUGCCCGAGAACUUCCUCAAGUCACAGUACCCGACCAAUUUCUGCCAGUUGAUAUCAAUGGAGCUCGAAUCAAUAUUGAAAAGGCGGCGUAUCACGGGUUUGCCAAAGCUCAGGUCAAGAUGGGAGCCGCAUACGAACUCGGCCAAUUAGGAUGUGAAUUUGACCCGGCAUUAUCUUUGCAUUACAACGCCUUGGCUGCCAGACAAGGCGAGCCAGAAGCCGAAAUGGCAAUUAGCAAAUGGUUCCUCUGUGGGCACGAAGGAUUAUUUGAAAAGAAUGACGAAAUUGCAUUCACCUAUGCUCAGCGCGCGGCACAGAAUGGCUUGCCCACGGCAGAAUUCGCGUUGGGCUACUUUUACGAAGUCGGAAUCCAUGUGCCUGUUGAUAUUCAGGAGGCUCGACGAUGGUAUGCCAAAGCUGCUGCCAGUGGUAACAAAGACGCCGCCGGACGAAUUGAUAGUAUAUCGCGAUCGAAGACGCUUUCUCGCAAAGACCACGAGCAAGUCGCCAUUGCACGGAUCAAGUCUCAGUAUGGAUCAGCCAAUCGACCUCGUCCGUCUUACGGAGGAGCAGCACAGGCUGCUCCUAUGUCGCCCCCUCAGGAGAAUCUAGAGAUGCCCGAUCCUUCACGCAUGCGGAUAUCCGAUGAUGGUUAUGGAGCACCAUACGGAGCUAAUGGACAACAAGGAUAUGGACGUGGCUCCUCCUAUGGAGCCGAUCGUCCUAGUUCGGCAUUUGGCAUCAACCCCAACAUCGGCUCUCCAGGCUAUGGUCCUGGUGGUCCUGGUCUUCCUGCAAGCCCUGCUUACGGCCGAGUUCCUUCUGCUGGUCCCGGCGCGAUGGGCUAUCGUCAAGGUGGUUCAGGUCCUAAUUCGCCUAAACUGCCACCAAGUCAGGGUGAUCCAUAUGGUAGCCCUCGACCAGAUAUUGGUUACUCCGCGCCGAUGGACCGAAGGCGCCUCCAACGACCUGAAACCCAGGGAAUGGGCGGUCCUCCUGAUCGUCGCUCGGGCAAAACACCAGACUACAACAGACCAAACCCGGGAGCUUACCCACCACGAAACCAAUCAAUGACUCCCAGCUCAAUGCCUCCGGGAGGAGCUGGACGUCCUUCUCCUGGUACAUCCCCACGACCUUCUGUGGGUGGUGCACCUCCAGGUGGUCCGAUGAGUGCUCCUCCAAGCAGUAACCCGACACCAAACCCUCCUGCAGCCGCUGCGCCUCCACCCAAGAAAGGACCAAAGACAUUCGAAGAAAUGGGUGUCCCUCAGGGGAAAUCCGAGAGCGAUUGUGUAAGUUCUUUUCCUCUGCUCAUAUAG